AUGGGGGUUGCAUCCUACGGGUUGGUACAACUUACCCGAAUUUUUGUUUUAUGGUUACACUCUCUUGCAUGAGCUUCGCAAGACUUAUUAAACCACCUAUACAUACACAGUUAUAUAUCUACAUUUAUAGAGUGAGAUAUUCACUCCGUCAUUAAUCUUGCAUUCUUUUACCUACUUCGUCUUUAUUGAAUGGAGGCGCCGCUGCUCGACCGGAACGACUCUGGCGAUCUCCAAUUGAUUGGAGACGACGGAGACUACCGACCGGUUAAAGGGCUGAAGGCAUGGUGGAAGAUUUUCCGUAUAGAGUCACUCAAUCUGUGGAGAAUUGGAGGUCCCAUAGCCUUUCAAAUUCUUUGCCAAUUUGGAACCAAUUCUGUUACCUCCAUGUUUGUUGGCCAUCUUGGAGAUAUUGAGCUUUCUGCUUUUUCUAUUGCUACCUCAGUCAUUUCCACCUUCUCUUUCGGAUUCAUGCUUGGCAUGGGAAGUGCCCUUGAGACACUAUGUGGGCAGGCAUUUGGUGCAGGACAAGUUCAUAUGCUUGGUGUUUACAUGCAACGCUCAAUGAUAAUCCUGUUUGCCACUUGCUGCAUCCUUUUGCCACUCUACAUAUUUGCAACCCCAAUCCUCAAGGUCCUCGGACAAAGUGAUGAAAUUGCGAAUCUGUCUGGAGUAUACACACUGAUGAUCGUUCCUCAGCUGUUCUCGCUUUCUGUCACAUUUCCGACUCAGAAGUUUCUUCAAGCUCAGAGCAAAGUUUCUGUGCUUGCAUGGAUCGCUUUCCUUGCAAUAGUCUUGCAGGUUUUCAUCUGUUGGCUUUUUGUUUAUGUAUUUGGAUGGGGAGCGUCGGGUGCAGCCACAGCGUAUGAUCUUACGAGUUGGGGCACUGCGAUUGCGCAGUUUGUCUAUGUCAUUGGUUGGUGCAAGGAUGGUUGGAAGGGAUUUUCAGGGUCCGCCUUUAAGGAGAUAUGGGCAUUCGUUAGGCUCUCUCUUGCUUCUGCUGUUAUGCUUUGCCUCGAGAUCUGGUAUAUGAUGAGCAUUAUUAUCCUCACCGGACAUCUUGACAACGCGGUAACUGCAGUUGGUGCCCUUUCAAUUUGCAUGAACGUCAAUGGGUGGGAAGCCAUGAUUUUCAUUGGAAUCAAUGCUGCUAUAAGGUAAAAGGACUCACAUCUUAUAGAUA